ACAUGCCAGAUCACAUGACCUGUCAAUCAUGUGGUAACUUGCUGUUGCCUGGCAACCACACAGUGAGAUUACGCCCUAAGAGGAAGAUGACCUCAGCUACCCGACGUGUCAUGUCAAAGGUCAGCAAGGGUCAAAUGGCAUCGGCAUCGGAGGUCAAGCUACUAAAGAAAUUUCAAGAAAGGAAAAACCACUUGGUUGUUCAAUGUUCAGUCUGUCAGGGAAAGGCGGUCAUCCCUGCAGCCACCAGGAAACACGUUGUCAUGGCAACAUCAACGUCACAUGGAAGUCCAGCAGGAACUCCUGUGGUCUCCAGGAGAAUUGCCAAGGCAACCCGAAGGCUUGUUUCAACUCCUCACACCAGCAGUUCUGCAUUUCUGAGCACCCCAGACUCGAGUACAAAGGUUGUGGGUUCGAGUCCUGGCACUCCUGGAUCAGGUCUGAGGGUCCCGGGUUCUAGUCCCGGCUCUUCAGGCAGGAAAGGCAAGCAGCAGAAACAGAGACACGCCCAGCUGAGACACAUGCUAUCCCAGCAGUCCUUGGGGGACACCAGUACUUCCCUCUCCGACUUUCUCCAGUCUUUAUGACAUUUUGUUUGUUUUGCAUAACUGAUAAACAAGCUUUAGGUGUAACACAACAGUUUUGUACUGUAAGUACAAGCUGUGUUAAACUGGGCUGUAAGUUUGAACCACUCACACAGAGAAGGACUCUUUUCAAUAACAUGGUCGAGGUGUGACUCUCCUCAAACAUGGGGCCUCUGGCAUUAUGUCCCUUCUGAUCCAGAAGGACAUCCCUAACCAAAGCUAGGGACCAUGUAUGUGUAAGAAAUAUGUGUAUAGAAGAUUUAUUAGGACUUUAAAUGAUGUAAAUUUUUAUCUUUUUGAUAUACACGUACUUGUAUGUUGUCUGACCCUCACCGACCAAAUGAAUGAAUGAGUGAAUGAAUGAAUGAAUGGAUUAAUGAAUGAAUGGAUGAAUCUCAGACCUCCAUUAAAUAUUUAGACCUUGUGUGAUGGUGACUGUGUCCUCUUCCCAUUCACCAUGGAGUCUACAAGUCUUUCUCUAUUUUGCAAGGAAAAUAACACCAGCUGUCAGCUGCCUAGUAGGUCAGGUCACGAAAAACAACAAAAACAGCAAGCACUACCAGUUCUCCCUCAGGGACAGAUAUCCAUUACAGCCUCAAAAAUUUAUGUUUUUUCGGUAGUUAUAAGAAGAAUAGUUUUUUCUUUGUCUGUAAGUUUAGAGAAAUCGGGAUGAAGUUUGAAUACAUAUACCACGGAGUGACAGAUACAUUACCCUCACUUUGUGGCCCAUAAAUCCUUGAUAGUAUUCUGGGUAUGUUGUAUGUUCUUUCAAAGACGUAAGAAAUGCUAUGUUCGUGUUACAUCUCGCAAUAAACCAAAUAGAACAGUCAUAAAAUUGUGCCCAAGUUGAUAAAGACAGUAAAUGAAUGGAGAACACAAUGUCGUGAUGGUAGAUAAAGCAAUAAAGUAAACCGUUUCAAGA